CACAGCUGUUUCUGUCGUGGGUUUUCUACAGAAAUGUGACCCGGUUUCAACGAACCGACUUUUCAGGAAAUACAGUUGGUUCCCCAACACUGCUCUGUGUUUUACGUCAACAGAUUUUUAAAUACGAGCCAGAAUUCAAGAGUCGGAGCUUCGCAUCGGCCAGAAGUUAUUUUUCUAUCAAAUUACCGUUUUUUAUGUAACUAUGAUUCCGUUGAAGCGAAGAAAACUGGGCUCCUCGGAUACCGGGAACACUGGGAAUGACCGAACAAAGUUCCCUCAGGUGGUUUUAUUCCUGGUGGAGAGAAAAAUGGGAGCGAGUCGGAGGAGUUUCCUCUCUCAGCUCGGACGAAGGAAAGGAUUCCAGGUGGAGGAUCUGUUCAGUGAAAAAGUCACACAUGUUGUUUCUGAAAACAACUCUGCUGAAGAGGUCCGGACCUGUCUGGACCUUCAGGGACCUGCGGUGAGAUCUGCGGGGGGACGUCUGUCAACGCCUCACCUGCUGGAUGUCAGCUGGUACACGGAGAGCAUGCGUGCAGGCCAACCGGUGGACAUACUGGACACACAUGCUCUACAGGAGCAGCAGAUGAAGCCGGCGGAGGUGGUCGUGUUCUCGGUGCCGAGCUACGCCUGUCAAAGGAGGACCACCGUGGUCGACCCUAACUCCGCCCUCACCGAAGCUCUGUCGCUCCUGGCCGAGAACGCGGAGCUCAGCGACGACGACGGGCGCGGAGUGGCGUUCCGGCGGGCCGCCGCCGUCCUGAAGGCGCUGCCGGCGCCGGUGACCAGCGCAGCGCAGCUCCGAGGGCUGCCGUGUCUGGGAGAACACUCGCUCAGAGUCAUCCGAGACGUUUUGGAGACCGGAGCAUCAUCCGAGGUUCGGUCGACCAGAGAGUCCCGGCGGUUCAGAGCGCUGAAGGUGUUGACGGGUGUUUUUGGAGUUGGAGCAAAAACAGCUGACAGAUGGAUCAGAGGCGGGAUACACGACCUUCAGCAGUUACGGGAUUCAGGACAAAUGCUCAAUCGAGCUCAACAAGCUGGUCUGGAACAUUACGACGACAUCAACCAGCUGGUCACGAAGGCAGAGGCCGACGCCAUCAGGGCAGUCGUGGAGGAAGCCGUGACCUCCGUGUUACCAGGAGCUCAGACGGUUUUGACCGGAGGAUUCAGGAGAGGGAAGAUGACGGGCCACGAUGUGGACUUCCUGAUAACUCAUCCAGAGGAGGGCAGAGAGGUGGGGCUGAUGCCCAAAUUGGUCUCCUGGCUGGAAUCGCGGGGAUUGCUGUUGUACCAGAAAACCACAGGGAACUCCUACCUGGAGUCUAAAGAUGGUCCUGGUCGGCCGUCCUCCAACAUGGACCGCUUUGAGAGAUGUUUUGCCAUCUUUAAACUGGCCAAGACUGGAGAACCAGGAGCUGGAGGUCCACAGGAGGGAGAACCUGAAGAAAAAAACUUGUCAAAUGAGAAACGUGAGCGGACAAAACCUGCCACUCGCAGACUGUGGAGAGCUUUGAGAGUGGACCUGGUCGUCUCUCCAGUCAGCCAGUUUGCUUUUGCGCUGCUGGGCUGGACCGGAUCCAAGCUGUUUGAGAGGGAGCUGCGGCGGUGGGCGGGGUAUGAAAGAGGCAUGUCCCUGAGCAGCCAUGCUCUGUAUGACAACACACAGAAAACAUAUCUGAGAGCUGCAUCAGAGGAGGAGAUCUUUGCUCAUCUUGGUCUGGAGUUCAUCCCUCCAUCAGAGAGGAACGCUUGAGAGGCCCCAGCAGGAGGUCCAACCAGAACUGUGCCAGGACUGUGAUGCACAGGCAGCGGGCCAGAACCGGAACCAGGAUCAGUCUGUACGGGUGAACUCCAGUAAAAACCUUUCUGAAAAGUUCAGAAUCGGAAGACUGGACUCCAAGCCAUCACUGCAACCUCCUCAUCUGGUCUUCAUCUGCAGAAGCCUGGAGGUCAGAACAGCUGGUUUCCCUCACCGUGGCCUCCAACACGUCUUUUUCCUCUCAGGAACAACGGCUGAAAAAACUGCACUGGCCAGAACACGUGAUAACGGAGCUGCUGCAUUCACACCUUCAGACCUUUGUGACAUUUUUCUGCUGCAGAGUCUGGAUGUAAACAUCUCAUCAGUCCACCAGACUAAACCCAGAAGUAUAACUGAGAGACUGUAGGAGUAUGUGGCUGCACAUCCUCAACCUUGGAGGUAAAGAACAGCUGGCUUCCUCCUGAACAGAUGCAGGUUUGAGGGCCUCUACACGAACACACUAGAUGAAGAACUGCAACCUCGCUUCUGCAUCUGCAAGUGAUGCACUCGCUUUCAUGUGCACACCUUGUGUUGUUCUUGAGAGACUGAUAUUUUCAAAUAAAGGGUUACUGGAUUAAUUUAUUGCAGCUCGACACCCUGAGAUUCAACUUCCUCAGAUAUUUAGAGCCAAACAAACGGCAGGUUGUUGGCUGCAGAAAUGCUCACCGCUGCCCUGAGGUCUGCAUGUUGUCAUUUACAAAGGUUAGCGCCACAUCUUUUAAUAUUGUGUCUCAGUUGUAGGCAAAAACAUGCUCAGAUGAACACAAACGUGUAACUUUGCUCGUUAUUGAACAAAAGUUACACCAAACCUCACGGCCAACGAAAAGAUAAGUCAUCUGGGUAAUCCUAUGUAGCCCUUUACUGAUUCUACAGGAUUUAGGAGAUGCAGGCAGGUGCUUCAAAUGGUCUUCAUUGAUGAACUGAUCAUCAAUUUCAAUACAACUUUAUUUGUCACCAAGGGGCAACUAAAGAAACACAGGCGGUUAUUUCCAUUGAUACAGGAAUAUAAAUAUUAAUAGCCAAAAAGAGCAGUGUGUGCAGGUGUGCAGAGCUCCUAUAAAAGCAGAUGUUUUGUCAGUUUGGUGGUCUGAAGCAUUCAUGCGUAUUUUAAAACAAUGCCAAUAAGGAAAGACAUCAGCAAUAGUCUUUAUUGCUGCACAUCUGACUGGGAAGUUAUAAAACCAUUUCCAAACAGUGAGAAAACAUUUAAGAUGGUUUUCAACCUUCCUGGGUAGAAGAAGCACAUUUACCCCAAGAUCAAACUGUGAUGAUCAGAAAAAUACACAAAAACAGUUCCACCUUAAAGCCUACAGACCUCAGUGAGCACACUAGUGUUCAAGUCCAGGACAGUUAGAAGAAGACUGAACCAGGACGUUUGGUCUCAAAGGGUUUCAUGAGAAAACCUCUAGAACAACAUGGAAGCAGGACUGAGGUCCACAAACCUGAAUCUGAAGAAACCAGCAGACCUCUGGAACAAGGUCCUCUGGAUACAUGAGACCAACGUGGACAUGUUUGGUCUUCAUGUCCAGAACCAUGUUUGGAGGAAACCAGCAGAACCACCUCAGACCCACUGUCAAGCACGGUGGUGGAGGGGUGAUGGUCUGGACCUGGACACCUAUCAGUCCCUGGGUGGACCAUGAAGUCUUCUGUAGAGCAGAGUCUUCUAGAGACACACGUGAGGACAUCUGUCUGACAGAUGAAGACUGGCUUAAACUGGGUCAUGUGGCAGGAAAUUACCCCAAACGCAGCAGCAGAUCUACACCAAAAGGAUGAAACAUGAAAGAAUCAAGGCUCUGGAAUGACCUGGUCAAAGUCCAGACCUGAACCUGGUUGAGAUGCUGUGGUGGAACUUCAGAGACCCGUGUAGACGUGAACGUCCACAAACCUCGAUGACCUGAAGUGGCGAUGGAAGAAGAACCAGGAAACACUCAUGAAGGCCCUGAAUCAUGAGAGUACUUGACAUCUCGUGUCAUUCAGACUUUGAUCCACAUGACUGGACUGAACAAUAAAAUGUGAUCAGUGAGAACGGGUUCAGUUCAAAUGUAAAGUUCUACUAGUGACACCGUUCUUCUUUGUGGAGCCUUUAAAACCUUCAUGUUACAGGAACUGAGCCGUUAAAGCGUCUUGCCACAAACACACCUGCAUGACCGUGACCUGCAUUCAGCAGUGUCCUCGUUGUCUUAUCUGCACAUCCCCACGGCAACAGCAACCCCACAGAUCAUGUAAUACGAACCCCUACUGCAAUCAGAUCAUUGUUAUGGUUACAUUAGAUCAUGUUUAUCAAGGCUGUACCGUCCAAUGGGUACAGCUGUUGUUUAUGGUUUUUAAGGAAAUAAUAUUAGACACUACAGCAGAUCUAUGGCGGGGGUUUUUGGAGCAAAUGUUUUUGAUUGUGUUACACAAUAAAUAUAUAUAUAUUAGGGCUGGGCGAUAUGGACCAAAAGUCAUAUCUCGAUAUUUUCUAGCUGAAUGGCGAUACUCGAUAUAUAUCUCGAUAUUUUUUCUGUGCCUUAAUUGGGGUUUCCCCCAAAGCAUUAUAGCAUAGCAUCUCUGUUAGCAUCUCUGUUAGCUUAAUUUUUUUCUGAGGCAAACCCUUAAAAAAACAGUCAGUUUUAAUACAAAGCCUCGUGCCAAAUGUCACACAGGUUCCUUUAUU